AUGCUCCUUCCGCCUUGUCAUUGUUUAGUUCAGUUUUUUGUUUCCGCUGAUAAGAAAUUAUCAUGCUUAUUAUAUCAAAGGAGCGGUGAUAUGUUUUUGGGAGUGCCUUUUAAUAUCGCUAGUUAUAGUUUACUAACCCAAAUGAUAGCCCAAGUCUGUGGCUUCCAAGUCGGAGAGUUUAUUCAUGUCAUUGGCGACACCCAUAUUUAUUUAAAUCAUUUCCAACAAGUUGAAGAACAAUUAACUCGUGAACCAAAAAAAUUACCAAUUCUGAAACUUAAUCCGGAAAUAAAAUCACUUUUCGAUUUUCGUUUUGAAGAUAUUAAUUUAGAAAAUUAUGACCCUUAUCCACCAAUUAAAGCAAAAGUGGCAGUAUAA